AUGAGCUACAGCAGCGACCUGCGCUUCCCAGCCUCGCCCUUCGGCAAGAAGGCCCCGGGCGAGUCCCCGUCGAGGCUGUCCUCGGGCCGGAGCCUCCUGUACGGGGGCGGCCGAGCGGGGGCGCCGUCGCUGCUGGGGACCGCCCAUCAUGCCGCCCGCGGGGGCAGCGGCGCCCGCUCGUCCUACUCGUCGUCGUACCGGCGGCUGCCGGCGCCGAGCAGCUCGCUGGACCACCUGGAGGUGCUGCUGUCGGCGGCGGCGGCGCCGUCGAGCGCGCUGAGCAACGAGCUGAAGAUCGUGCGCACCAACGAGAAGGAGCAGCUGCAGGGCCUCAACGACCGCUUCGUCACCUACAUCGAGAAGGUGCACCAGCUGGAGCAGCACAACCGGCUGCUGGAGGCCGAGGCAGCGGCACUGCGGCAGCGCCAGGCCGAGCCGUCGCGCCUGCAGCAGCUCUACGAGCAGGAGAUCCGCGAGCUGCGCUCCAAGGUGGAGGCGCUGCGCCACGACGGCGACCAGGCGGCCCUGGAGAGCCAGCAGCUGGCCCGCGCCCUCCAGCGCCUGCGCGACGAGGCGGCCCACGAGGCGCAGCGCCGCGAGGAGGCCGAGCUUGCCUUGCGCGACGCCCGCAAGGAGGCCGACCGCGCCGCCCUCGCCCGCCUCGACCUGGAGAAGAAAGUGGAGGCGCUCCUCGACGAGAUCGCCUUCCUCCGGCACGUGCACGACGAGGAGGUGGCCGAGCUGCAGGCCGAGCUCCAGGAGGCGCAGGUCUCUGUGGAGAUAGAUGUGAGCAAGCCAGACCUCACAGCAGCCUUGAAAGAGAUCCGUACUCAGUAUGAAGUCCUGUCUGCCCGAAACCAGCAGUCCGCUGAGGAGUGGUACAAAUCUAAGUUUGCCAAUUUCAGUGAAGAAGCAGCCCGCAGCAGCGACAGCAUCCGCCAGGCCAAGGAAGAGAUCUCAGAGUACCGUCGCCAGUUGCAAGCCCGGAACAUCGAGAUGGAGGCCCUGCGCAGUGCCAACGAGUCCCUGGAGAGGCAGCUGCAGGAGGCGGAGGAGAGAAACAGCGAGGAGAUCCGGAACAUGCAGGAGACCAUAAGCCAGCUUGAAAAUGCCUUGAGAACAACCAAGGGAGAGAUGGCUCGCCACCUCCGGGAGUACCAGGAUUUGCUGAACGUGAAGAUGGCCCUGGAUAUUGAAAUAGCAGCAUAUCGAAAAUUACUGGAAGGAGAAGAGACUCGGCUCAGCACUGUCAGCAGCAGCACCACCACCACGUUCGGCCUCAGCUAUCCUUUCUCCUCAAGUCCCUUGUCCGGCUUAAAGGGCUUCUCAACCAGCAUGGUAACUGUCAGGAAGGAGGAGAAAGGAGACGGCUCUGAGGAAGCCAAGAUCUCAGGGGAACCCAAGUCUGCAGAGGAGGAGGAGUCUGGAGAUGAGAAGGUGGGCAAAGCAACACCCAGGAACUAGAAUGGCUGGAAGCAUUCUAAGAAUUCCUCACAAGGGAGAAGAAGGGUUAGUUCCUUUUUCACUCUGGGCUGCUUCUCACAAUUGGUUUUUCAGACUUGGGAUGUUCUUGGGAGAUGUUGCCAAGUCCACAUAAACAUCAUGAAGCGUCAUGAGUACAAAAUGCUGUAUAACAGACACCCCCCAGCCCCCCUCAGCACAGUUUCCAGGUCUGUCAGGGCCCUGGUUGUAUGUUGGGGUCAAAGGUGCAGGGUUCCAGGGCAGAUGUACCAGACAAAUGGAUGACAGGGCUCCUUAGCCCUGUAAGUCUCCCCAGGUCUGAAACACUUGAUGUGAAAUGCAGCUUUGGAAGCCUUUGUACUGCGAUCGAUUACUGGGGUGUGAUGUUCUAGAGAUCUCUUCUUUGCCUCUUUCUCCUCCAAACCAUUUAUCUUGUUAGAUUGUAAAUUUUAGAGUCAUCAGUGACUGCCCUGUUUGUAGUUUGUCCUCAAACUCUUUUAGUACUACAGUAAGGAAUGUAAUACCUUUGCAAUUACCUGGCCCCUUUUUUAAAAGACUCUUUUGACCUUAAGCAAAAUUGAAUGUGAAAAACAUGAAUGUGAAAAAGUCCCAAGAGAUUCCUACAGCAAGAAUUCUCCCCCUUUUUUUGUUUGUCUGUUUAUUUCCUUUAUAGUCUGCCUUUCUUGUCGAGUCUCUAGGCAGACUGUUCCUCCAAACUGUGAUUUCCAAACUUGGGCUGGAGUAACACAGAAAGUGAACCCUGUGGCUUGUUCUGAGGGACAAACCUUCAAGUGAAUCUACUGGUGUUAGAACAUUCACAACAAUGGUUUUAAUUCUAUCAGUUCUUGUCAAAGCUGACAAAACUUGAGUUCAAAGAUCACAACUGUCCAUAAAACGUGUUAUCCUUUUUCUGAAUGGUAUCCAUUGACUGAUACAUGUAAAGUCAACUGAUGUUUUUGUUGUUUCUUGUUUUAUUUUUUAAAAUAUGUGGGGAUGACUUCUGUAGUAUAUUCACUGGAAUGCUAAAGUACUCAGAAGGAGAAGGACAGAACAAACAAUGAGGAGUUGAUCAUAUAUAGAAGUUGCAUGUUUCCAUCUAUGUCUUCAUUCUCCUUAUUGUAUCCAGUCUCAGGGCCAAACUGCACAUAAGGAACAAUCCAAAACUGGCCUACUAAGAAGUAAGUCCCAUUUUAUUCAGUGGAACUUAAUCCCACGAAAGUGUUCUAAGGAUUGCCACUGUAGUUCGUCAACCAUGUUAUAACUAUUGUCUUUUCAACCUACAAUUUUCGUGCUCCAAAUCACCCCCUCCCUCCCACACACACCUCACAACUAAUACCUCCCUCUUGUGUUUUAAAUAUGUUUGCUUGCAGUUUGGCCCUGGGAACAUAAUUUUGGUUAGACACUCCACUAUCAUUGCACUAUAGCAAUCAUUCACAACUAGGUUGGCUUGUACGCACAGGAUAAUCCAGUUGCAAAUGAUUGCUAUUGCACAAGGAUUUGCAGGUGGAGAUCUAGAGUAGAAAAUGUGUAUUGUGCAAUUAGUAGGAAGGCUUAGCUGGAUAUUUUGAAUGUACAGCCAACAAUGGCUGAUCCACAAGGGAUUGCGGGGCCUUACAAGACUGGUUGAAGUGUUCCAAUUUUGGACGUUGGUUCUGCUGUUUUGAAGUUUUGCUGCAAAAGUUUUUCAAGAUUAAAAUUAACACAACUUCAGAGUAUAAUCCAAGUAUAAAGUAUAUCAAGAUGCGUUCAUUUGUACCGAUUGUUUGUUUUUAAAUUGGCUGAGAUCCAAAUAUCUACUUUAGAUAUAUUCGCUGUGGGAUUUUUGGCCUUCUUUCUUCAAACUCUCCACAAUUUAUCACAAACUGUUUCUGAAAGUUCCAAAGAUGGUGUGUCAUGUGGUAUUUGGAGGGUGGCAGAAGCAAGCCAAAACAUCCCUGGGAGAAGGACCCUUGUGCAGAUUUUUGGAUCCUAGCCUCUGAGUUUCAAAAGACUUUGUAAAGAAAUUAGGGAGAAAUGUUCUAAUUUCAGACAUUUGGAACUAGAUGAGUGAAGGGAUCGUGUGCAUAUUUAUAGAUAUAUGUCUAAAAUGAGUAUCUGAUUUUAAAAAAAAACUGUGUAGGCAAGGGGAACAGAACCCUGUUUCUUUCUCCUGCUUUUGUCUCCAACCUUGCUGCUUUCAGCAUUGGUAUUUUCAGUAGACUUCCUCCACUUCCACUUUAGAGGUGGCCACAGUUAUAAAAAACACAGAUCCCUGUCUAAUUGGGUGCUCAGCUGGUCACUGGUAAAAGCAAAGUCUGCUCAGAACUGUGAACAUGACUAAGAAUGGAGGGCAAGGUGAUAAAACCAGAAGCAAAGACUAUCUGAUGCCCCUCCCCCUACAGGGAUGCAAAGACUGGCAAUGAACUGAGAGGCUGUCAGGUAUGCAGAAGCAGAAUAUUAAUUGCAAGGACAAACCCUGAAUGCAUUUCCACAACAGUGUGACAGCCACUGAUAAUUCAAUAGAGUUCAUUAGCAGAAUCUUCAGAGCCAAGGUUGACUCAGACAGACCACAUUCCUGUACCGUUCCCAUUCAUUUCAGUGGGGCUUACACAGGAGAGAAGUUGCUAAGGCCCUGCUCCUUUUGAAUAGAGAAUGCUCUGCAUGUCCAAAUAUAGAGAAUGUGUGAGUGUGUGUGUGUGUAGAUACACACACAUGUACGUAAUGGAAUGCAAAUUGAUUGGCCGUGGGGUAGUUUCGAGUGCUAUUGAUUUAAUAAUUGGUGUGGUCUGUGCGUGAUGCCCUAUAAAAAUGAUUUCAUGUGAUGUUUAUUGUUUUUAAUACAUCUAGAGUUUUUAUUUAUUUUGAAAGGCAAAUAAA